AUGCGUAGGAUGAACUUCUGUGAUAAAUGGAUCAGAUGGAUCGAUGGGUGCUUAUCUUCUGCUUCAGUUUCGGUACUAGUGAAUGGUAGCCCGAGUGAAGAGUUUGGUUUGGAGCGUGGGAUUAGACAAGGAGAUCCGCUAGCUCCAUUCCUUUUUCUGAUUGUGGCAGAAGGUUUGAAUGGUCUUGUUCGGAGGGCUUUGGAGUUGGGGAAGUUGGUGGGGUUCCAGGUGGGAACCAGAGAGGUAGUGGAGGUGGCCAUCCUACAGUUUGCCGAUGAUACUCUUCUUAUAGCAGAGGCAACUUUACAGAAUGUGCUUACAAUGAAGUGUAUCCUAAGGCAUCCCAAUAGGAGGCAACCCGAGACGGGCAAUCUUGUGGCAACCCAUCUUGACAAAGAUGAGAAAGAGACUUUCAACUUGGAAGCAAAAGACAUUAUCCGUAGACCUCGGGAGGUGGGAGGAUUGGGGGUAAAAAAUUGGGAAGGGUUCAAUAAGGCACUCUUGGGAAAGUGGAGAUGGAGGUUCUUGGCAAAGAGCAAUGAUAUGUGUAGUAAAGUAAUUUGGGCUCGUUAUGGAAAUAGGGCGGAGGAAGGAGUUUUGGAUGUUAACCCGCGGGACUCUAUUUGGUGGCGUGACCUUUACAAGGAGUGUUUUGAACCCGGUGGAGAGGCUUGUUGGUUCGAUAGUGGUUUGAAACACAUUGUGGGAUGUGGGAAUUUGACGCGAUUUUGGAAACAAGGGUGGUGUGGGGAAACACCACUUAAAACCAGAUUUCGGAAACUAUUCCAUCUCUCUAUUCAAAAAAAUAAAAGUAUCUUAGAGAUGGGAGAGUGGAGGAAUGGCUCUUGGUCUUGGUCCUUUAAAUGGAGGAGAAGCUUGAGUUUGCGGGAGAGAAAUAUGGUGGACGAACUGUGUAAUGUGGUGAAUGGGAUUCCCUUGAGAAGAAAUGUGAUGGACUCUUGGGUGUGGAAAGAAGAGCAAGAGGGAAGAUAUACUGUACAAUCCGCAUAUAGUCUUAUUCAAGCUCCUUCUUGGGAUGCAUCAGAUCCAAUUUUUCAGCUGGUUUGGUCUAGUGCAGCUCCGUCAAAUGUGUGCAUUUUCAUCUGGAAAUUAGUGCAGGAUCGCUUACCAACACGUUUGAACCUUCUCAAGAGAAAUGUGAUUCAUUCUGCUGCUGAGGCUUGCUGCCCCUUAUGCUUGCAGGAGGAGGAAUCGACUGAUCAUAGCUUGGUUGGAUGCCCGGUUGCUGCUGGGGUGUGGGCAAGCUUCUACCGAUGGAUGGGUGUGAGUACGGCGCUGCCAGGAGGAUGCAAAGACCAUUUGCAGCAACAUAUGAUUCUGACCUUGAAUGAUAAACAAAAUGCAGUGUUCCGGGUUACGUGGUACGCAGUGGCAUGGACAAUUUGGCUUUACCGAAACAACGUUAUUUUCAGUGGCAGAGGAAUUCAGGAUGGUUCACUAUUUGAAGGGGAUCAAUUAAGAGCUUGGCAGUGGCUUUCCGGUAGAGCAAAGGGAUUCAAUUGCUCUAUAUAUGAGUGGUUGAUGCAACCUGUUCUUUGCAUUGAAAGUGUUUAACAGAGGUUACUGGUUUUCAACGAAAUCAGAUUGGGGACAUUGGUUCUUGUAGGACCAUGUGUAUUUCAGACAGUAGAAACAGUGAGAAGGAAGCGGGAUUGCUUGCUGGGACAGUGGGUGGAGACAAGAGGAUCGAAGGUCUCUCAAGCCUGAAACAUUUUCCUAUCCUAUUUGAUCCAAGUCUGCCACUGUCACAUGUUUUGCUGAUAUACUUUUGAGCAAUUCUGUUUUGAUCUGCCCUUGCUUUAAUAUUGACUAUUGUAUUCUUGUAUUCUUAUUUCUUUGUACGCUUAAUUGCACAUUUGCUCCUUCAUCUUUCAUCAUUGUGCAAUUUGCCUCCCUCAUGUUUAAAACGAGCGAAUUUACUCCCUCAUGUAUCAAUUUGUGAAAAUUGACCCCUUCCAUUAGCCUUCCGUCCAAUUUCUAACGGCGAUUGCUAUUUUCACCUCCUCUUUUUACUAACCACACCCCUCAAUCAGAAAUAAAAAUAACGGAAAAAAUAAAUGAAAUAAAUUGAAUACAA